GAAUCCAAGGUUAGUUCCUUAAUUUUUCCAAACAUGUAACAUACCGAGAAACUUUCAUACUGCAAAUUGGUUUUCCAUGGCUGCUUCUUCCCUUAUCUUCAACAGUUCACUCUCCUUUAACUUCUCACACACUGUCAUAUCCUUCAGACCUCAAAACCUGAAGCCACAAUUUUCCAUUUCUUCUGCGAUCUCACUUUGCCAUCUUCCCCUGUCUUUGGUUUCCUUCCAAGACACUCAAAACCCCAUACAGGAUGAAACCCUGCAAAAAACAGAGCCAAAUGCCUCACUCUUCUACCAUUCAGCGAGACUCUUUGUGGGAAACUUGCCUUAUUCGUUGCCCUCUUCUCAGUUGGCUCAGCGGUUUGGAGAGGCUGGCAAUGUUGUAUCCGUUGAGAUUGUGUGUGAUGACAUUACGGAUAGAAGUAGAGGGUUUGCGUUUGUUACAAUGGGGAGCGUGGAGGAAGCUGAAUGUGCAAUUCGAAUGUUUGAUGGCUCUGAAAUUGGAGGUAGGAUUAUUAAGGUAAACAUCGCGGAAAUACCCAGAAAAGGAAAAUGGAGAGUAAUGGGUUCAAACUAUAGAGGCUUUGUAGACAGCCCUCACAAGAUUUAUGCUGGAAACCUUGGUUGGGGUGUGACUUCACAGUGUCUUAGAGAUGCCUUUGUUGAGCUGCCAGGCUUCCUGAGUGCCAAAGUCAUCUAUGAAAGGAACAGUGGGAAGUCUCUGGGAUAUGGGUUUGUCUCUUUUCGAACUGCUGAGGAUGUAGAGGCUGCUUUGAAUUCUAUGAAUGGAGUGGAUGUUCAAGGCAGGCCCUUACGACUGAAUCUAGCUGCAGGAUAAGGGGACUAUCAUCCUUGCUGACAAGAACGAGUUGUUCACUUGUCCUACAGAUGUUCCUUCUUUCAAGCUUCCUCUGUUGACAAGGAAAAAAACCACUAGGAAGACAAUCAUCCCUCCCACCAGAAAAAAGCCUAUCUAGAGCAUCCUUAUUCAUGCUUACAAAUAUACAGGACAUUCAAGGCAGCCUGGCACUCAUAGAAAUGGCCAAGUGAAACAGUUGAUGUUUUUCUUACUAGAUGAGUCUUGGAUGAGAAUCUUGGAAGGUUGCCCUUGAAAAAGAACCUACUGUCUUAUGCUCCAAGAAAAGAAUCUAUGACCAAUGACUUGCACUUGCUUGGUUAAGGCUUGUAGGAUGUUUUUUGUUGAUUAUUGAAUGAAUCUUGGAAGCUUUCUUGGUUGGCUUUUGGUGCAGAAGAUGUUGAAGCUUUGAGGAAAGGAUCAAAGAUCUUAGUUGGAUCUUGAUGGUUGAAGGUGUUCUUUAUGGGGUUAUAUUUGGUUGGUUGUAGCAAUUCCUAUGAAUGGUUUGGGUGGUGUUUCAUGCAGAUUCAUAUCUGUUUAGAUGGUGCAGGUCUGCUGAAUUUAGUUAUGGAAGAUAGCUUCAAGAAACUCGAGAAUCAAAUUUUAAGCUAAAAUCUGCAUAAUCUGUAAGGUAGUGUUAUAAAUUCGUUUACUAUGUGAGAUGUAGAGUAUAAUCAUAAUUCAUGGCACAAAUUAUUAUUAGUUACAAGUAAGUUUU